AUGGUGGUUCCUGCGGCAGCCAAUGGUGCUGAUCAGAAGCCCUACGAAAUCCCCUUCUUCGACUUCGGCGCCGCCGGGGAAGAAGAGAUGAUCGCCGCCGACGGCGGCGCGCGGUGGAGGGAGGUGUGCGAAAAGGUGCGGGAGGCGUGCGAGACUCACGGCUGCUUCUGCUUCACGACGGACAAGGUCACCGCGAAGCUGAGGGAAGGGAUGGCGGAAGGGCUGCGCCAGCUGUUCGACCUCCCCGUGGAGACCAAGGAGAGGCACGUCAGCCCUAAGCCGUACCGGAGCUACCUGGGCAAGAACGACGUCGUCCCGUACCUCGAGAGCUUCGGCAUCGACGAACAGGCUCCCGACGUUGAUGACGCGGCGGAGGCUUUCACUGCCGUCAUGUGGCCCCAAGGCAACCCUGAAUUCCGUGAAGCACUGAGCGAGAUGAGCGCCAAGAUGGUGGAGCUGAACCUCCUCAUCAUGAAGAUGCUACUCACCAGCUACAACCUCGACGACGCCACAUCCCACGUGGCAGACACCACCGCCAGCUACUUACGCCUCAUGAAGUACAAAGUCCCGCCCGCCCCUCCCGCCGCCGACCACUACGCCGGGAUCGGGCUUUUGGCCCACACGGACAAGAACACCGUCACCAUCCUGGGCCAGAACGACGUCCAGGGCCUCGAGAUCCAGCCCAAGGACGACAACGACAGCUGGGUCCCGGUCGUGAUCCCCGAGGGCGCGUUCGUGGCCAUCGUCGGGGACGCGCUCAAGGCGUGGAGCAACGGGAUGGUCCACUCGGUUCGGCACCGGGUCGUGCUCAGAGGGGAGAAGGAGAGGUACACGUGGGGCAGCUUCUUGAUGCCCAAGGACGACUCGACCAUCGAGGCGCCGGAGAAGUUCGUCGACAAAGAGCACCCGCUGUUGUAUCGCGGCUUCACCUACGCCGAGUUCCUCUCUUACUUCGUCUCUACGUUGAAGGACGAUGCCCUCGAUGUUUUCGCUGGCUUGUCGACGUCGCCCGACGUCGAUGAUCGGGAUCAGCUGGCUGUUAACUGA